UCUCUCUAGUUUUCUAGUGAGAGAAAACAAUGGAGGAAAUUGCAGGAAGGUAUGAACACCAUUUUUUCAUGAAUAGAAGCAUACAACUAAUCCAGAAAGAGAUUUGGGUGAAGCAUUACUCGUCCAAUCAUCAGAUUCUGCUGGUUGGAGAAGGCGAUUUCUCGUUUGCUCUCAGUUUGGCUKAUUCCUUUCGAUCAGGUUUCAACAUCGUAGCUUCUUCUAUCGAUUCUCAGGAUGUUGUGAUUCAAAAAUACAAGAGUGCGAAAACAAACUUGGAUCGAUUGAAUAAUUUGGGAGCUCGGCUCUUAUUCGGAGUUGAUGCAUGCACGAUGGAGAUUCAUAGUGAUCUUCAUCUGCGAAAGUUUGAUCGCAUUGUGUACAAUUUCCCGCAUGCCGGUUUUUUUGGAAACGAAAGCGAUGACGGAGUUAUCAUGAUCCAUAGAAAUCUGGUUUGCAGUUUCUUCAAGAAUGCAAGUCAAAUGUUGCGACCAAACGGCGAAGUCCACGUAUCCCACAAGACUAAAUUCCCUUACGACUGUUGGAAUAUCGUAGAACUCGCCUCCCAAAGUUGUUUGACAUUGCUCGAAUGUGUCGAAUUCAAGCGCGAAGAUUAUCCGGGAUACAACAACAAAAGAGGAGACGGGGUGAGAUCCGACAAGCCCUUCCGAUUAGGAGAAUGUUGUACUUACAAAUUCAUAUCGUCAUCAACCGCCACCAUGUUAACCGCUUUAUAUCAUGGAAAUCAUCAAGAAGUUCCGUUGCAGGGAGCAAAUACGAGUUUGUUUACGGAUCCUGCACGGGAUAUCGACAGCACGGAAUGCUUUAGGAUUUUCGUGGAGUAUUUCGAUCAUGCACGAUUGACAUACGGAAAAAACGAUUGCUAUCUAUCGAGUUCUGUGAGGGAUCAUCUGAGAUGCGGGUUUCAAAGAUAUAUGGCCGAAGAUCAUCGAAGACAGUCGAUUGACUUCGUUAAACUUUUGGAAGAGCUUUGGAGUUUGAGUAAACGGAGGAUCGAGUUCUUUGAAAAACAGUUACUGGAACUCGAUCUCCAGGGUGGUUUGUAGAAAAAAGGGUUUGCAGCUUCUUGUGUUGGCAUCAUGGGGAGUUGGCUUGUCUUGUAAAACCGUAAGUUCAGGUAUGUAUAAAACGAAUAAUAUCUGGUACGUUGGAUCUGUGAUGUUACAACUAUGUAAAAAGUAAUUUAUGGCUUUUGUGGCUU